AUGAUUCUUAAAUUAACUUCUGAUAAUCUCCCUUCAUCAUUUAAAAACAUUAUAACUGUAAUUAACGAUGAUAUUACAACAAUACGGUCAAAUGUAAAUGAUUUAUUGAGUAUGGCCAAUUGGAUAGAAGAAUUUUCUUUUAAAACUUGUACUAAAUGGAAUGUUAGGACAUCUGUCCCUAAUGGUAAAUACAUUCAAUGCAGAAAACAAUAUGUGUGUCAUCACAGCUCUUACCACAAAGUUGAUAGAGAAAACAACAAAAGAGGUCGAUCAAAAAACACAAGCUGUAAAGCCACAAUUAAAAUUGUCAUUAAAGUUGAUACUGUUUCCACGAGGAAAACAGACCCAUUUGUAAAAGAUGGAUUACUAGCUGUAAUCACAAUUUUUAAUGAACAUAAUCAUAAUUUAAACACUGCUGAAGCACUGAGAUACUUAAGUGCAAACAAGCACAUUAGAAUGAAGUUUGAAGAAUAUUUCACAGAUGGUAUGACCAUAACAGAAGCAAUUCGGUAUCAUGAAAGUGUUCUAACUAUAUCUGAUUGUCCUGUUGAAGUUUUUGCAAAUGCUGGAAUUAAUCCAACAUACAGAACGAUACAAAAUUGGCAUGACCAAUGGAGGGUGUUAAAUCUAGGACCACGUACUGGAGAAGGAGUUAUGAAGAAAUUAGAAGAAAAAAAAGAAACCUAUGCUGAAAGUGGAGUUUCAAUAUUCUCCCAGUCUGAACCAUUUGCUGUGCUAAUAUUAACACCAAUCAUGAAACGCGCCCAUGACUUACCUUUAUCAAAAAAAAUAGUAUUUGUUGACUCAACAAGUUCAUGUGAUCCACAGAACCAUUGUGUAACUUUUUUAUUGACACCAUGUGCAGCUGGCGCCGCUCCUUUAGGUGUGAUAAUUACACAUGGUCAGAGUGAAAAAGCAUAUAAAAGUGGAUUCAGUCUAAUUAAGAAUAAUGUAAAAAAUGCAUUUGGAGGACAAGGCUAUCCUUCUAUAUUUUUAACUGAUAACUCUGAUGCCGAAAUAAAUGCUUUAAUGACAGUAUGGCCAAAUUCAACUUCACUUUUAUGUAUUUUUCACGUUAUGCAAGCAGUUUGGAGAUGGUUAUGGGAUAGCAAAAAUAGCAUAAAGAAAGAACAUCGGACAAUAAUGAUGCAAGCAUUUAGAAAGAUGUUAUAUUCUGAUACUACUGAAGAAGCUCAGAAAGCAUUUAACUCUACCCUUGAUGCAGGUAGCAUGUAUCCAAAAUGGCAGAAAUAUGUAAUUGUACAUCACUGGGAGCAUAAAGAGCGUUGGUGCUUAGCUUGGAGGGACCAUACAACUAGAGGCCAUCAUACAAAUAAUUAUAGUGAGGUAUUUUUGUUGCACAAAAUUGGAAGAAUAUUAAAAAAAAAAAUUCUUGAGUUUUCCAAUGACAGAAAAGCUACGGCUCGCUUAUAUUUUGAAAGCAUAAUCAAGAAAAGUAAUUAUGUUACGAAAGAUAAAAUUAUUGUAGAAAAUGAGCAUUACUAUGUUCCUAGUCAAAAUGAUCAACAACUAAUGUACUGUGUUGAGCCAAGUAUAGGAAUUUGCUCUUGUAAGGAAGGCAUGUACGGUAGAUUUUGUAAACACCAAGGAAUAAUUUAUGUAUAUUAUAAAUGUGUGAGGGUUAAUUUUCCACCUAUAACUGUAGAGGAUAAAUUUGCAAUAUCAAAAUUAGUAUUGGGCGACAAAGCGCCUUGUAAGACAUUUUAUGAAGGGCUUAUACCUAAAGAGGCAUUACACCAGCAACUCGAAACUCAUCCAAUACACUUGCCUAUAUCAGAAACUCAUGGGCCAGAUGUAAAUAAUAUACCUGAAAACAACUAUAAUAUUACAAAAAAAAAUGUAUUCAAAAGUACAACAGUGCCCAAUGAAGACAGUCUGAUAUCAAAUACACAGGAUAGUUAUACAGUAUUGGAAGAUAUAAAAACUCUAUUGACUAACAAUGUAAAACAGUUCAGCCAAUCUACUCUUGAAAAUUUACUUAAAUUUAAAAAUAGAUUGGAUAAAGUAAAAACAGAAGGGCAAUUUAAUACAUUUUUGGCAACUGCUGGUUCUGAGGCAAUACCAUUACGGCGUAGAGAGGGUGCAGCUAUUAGACUACAGCCGACUACAAUUUCUAGGCGUAGACCAGGGAUAACAAGAGGUAGCAAGCGUUUACCAUCAGGUAGACCAGCUUUAAGUGAUCAUGGUACAUCUAAAAAAAAACCCAGGAAACUAUUACAAAACAUAAAACAUUGUUUGCCUAACGGAAAAUCUCAUUGA